AUGCUUGAGAUAGCUUCAAGGACGUCGCCGAAACAGGCCUUCUCGCACCAGUCGACUCCUACGACAGCAUGGAAGCAAGAUAUCCAACCUUUCAGCAUGAAGACCAGCUUUUCAGGGUAUGGAGAUGACAACAACCUGGAGGCGAAGCCACCAAUCUGUAGAUACCAAGCUAAACGUCGACUUUUUUGGCUCCGAAUCUGUGCCAUCUCUAUCCUCCUCAUGCUGGUGAAUUGUUGGCUGCCGGGCGUUAAAUUCUUUCGGGCUUUUAGGGAUAUCAUAACGCAAGGGAACACACAGAUUCCACAGCCCGUCAUUUCCACCGCUCGAACAGACCAGGUCCAGUUUGAUAAUUAUACCCUAAUUUUGAAGGGACAAAGGAUAUUCUUACACUCUGGGGAGUUUCACACAUUUCGCUUGCCCGUUCCGUCGUUAUGGCCUGACAUCCUUGAGAAAUUCAAAGCGGCAGGACUGAAUGCCGUCAGUGUAUACACCCAUAUGGGCCUAAUUAACCCAGCUCCCGGUGUGGUUGACCUCGGGGGAUUCCGUGCCCUACAGCCUUUGUUUGACGCGGCCAAAGCUAUUGGUAUCUGGGUUGUGCUUCGUCCUGGUCCUUAUAUAAAUGCGGAAACGAGUGCUGGAGGUAUCGCUCAUUGGGCGACUUCCGAAGUUUCUUGCACUCUUCGUACCAACGCGUCCGACUGGAAAGCUGCCUGGAAAGACUAUAUCCAGGCAAUUAUUGAUGUGACAGUGCCCAACCAGAUCACGAACGAGGGUCCAGUUAUUGCGAUACAAAUAGAUAACGAGUAUGAUCAAGCUGUUGGCGCGCAGGCAGAGUAUUUCGUCGACCUCGAAAACGCAUAUCACGAAUCGGCAAUCGUUGUCCCCUUGACAUACAAUGACCCAGGUCCUAAACGGAACUUCAUCAAUGGGACUGGUGCUGUCGAUCUUUAUGGCGUGGAUGCUUAUCCUCAACGUUUCGAUUGCUCUGCGCCAACUACUUGGAAUCCAGUUGAAACUUACUACCACGAAUACCAUUCUGAAGUGAAUCCGUUACAGCCUUUGUAUAUUCCUGAGUUUCAAGGGGGCGCUUUUGAUGCAUGGGGUCCAACCGCUUCUGGAUACGCGCCUUGUCGCGUCUUGACUGGUCCAGAUUUCCAGUCUGUAUUCAACCUUCAACUUUGGGCUAGCAAUGCGAAACUUAUCAAUUAUUAUAUGCUCUAUGGAGGUACAUCUUGGGGUGGUAUACCCUUCCAUGGGGUUUAUACCUCCUAUGACUAUGGCGCGCCGAUCACAGAAUCGCGAGAGCUAACCAUCAAGUACGACGAGCUCAAGCGGCAAGGACUUUUCCUCCGCAGCUCUCCAGAUUUCUACAAGACGGAUUGGAUAGCCGACUCCUCGACUGGCCUUCAGGCCUCCACCAAUUCCGCAGCUUUUGUAACACUUUUACGAAACCCAGACACAAGGUCCUCAUUCUAUAUCGCACGCCAAGCCGAUUCGACUUCAUCUGCCACCAUAACUUUCAAGUUAAACGUGACGACGUCAGCUGGUACGCUUCAACUACCGCAAGUCGCGCCGUCCAUCACCCUUGGGGGUCGUCAGUCAAAGGUUAUCGUGGCAGAUUGCACCUUUGGUGUUUUAUCCAAGUUGUUGUACUCAACCGCUCAGAUAUUCUACGCAAGUACCAUUGGUGGACGCGAUGUCCUCUUCUUGUUCGGUGAUUCAACACAGGAACAUGAAGCCGCUCUUCUGUUGACUGGAACGCCCAACAAGCUCCAGAACUUAUCUCCGCUCGUUUCUUUCACUGCAUAUGGCUCCCCUCUUCACCAACAAGGCGUCUCUCUUGUUAACUUUUUGCCUGGUAUUGAAGGACUCGUCACAGUCUGGGAUUCGGACACGCAACUGGUGUUGUUCGCAGAUACAGAUACGGCUGCGACAUUUUGGUCGCCCAGCAUUGCGGGAAAGGCUGGCGACCCGUUCCGCAACUUUUGGGGCCUUGGCACCAAUGACUCAAUCUUGGUCGGAGGGCCUUAUCUCGUGCGCAGUGCGACCGUUUCGGGCUCAAAAUUAGCUCUGCGCGGGGAUCUCAAGACGGAUGUAAGGCUGACUGUCAUCGCCCCACGAGGCAUUCGGUCCAUAACGUGGAACGACGAAUAUGUGUCGGGGGAUCUUGUCGCUACAUCGGCCUUGACUGCCGUUGGGGGCUUUAUCGGGCAGUUGCGAAUGAGACCCUCUUUGGCAGGCAUAUCGGUGCCAAGGUUGACUGGGUGGAAGUUCAAGGAUAGCUUACCAGAAAUCAAGAGAGAUUUCGAUGAUGCUUCGUGGCGAACUGCGAAUCACACGAGUACGAAUAUUCCUCUCAAGCCUUAUUAUGGCGAUGGGAGAGUCCUCUAUGGAUGCGAUUACGGAUUCUGUGAAAAUGUGGUGCUUUGGCGGGGCCACUUCAAUGCCUCAGGUGCGGAAAAGAGCGUCGAUCUGUCAAUCAACGGAGGGCAAGCAUUUGCAGCCAGCGUCUGGCUCAACGAUGUAUUCUUGAACACAUCGUUUGGGAACUCUACCAAUAAUCAUAACAUUCUUGAAGAGACCGACGAUACAUUCGUUUUUCCCGAGGGUGCCUUACUACCAGGUCAAGACAAUGUGAUCACAGUGGUACAGGACAACAUGGGAUUGAAUCAGACUGAGUGGCCCAACCCUGAUACUUCCAAGAGCCCUCGAGGAGUCCGUGGCUUCAAACUCGAAGGAGGUUCCUUCUCAGAAUGGAAAGUCCAAGGCAAGAUCGGGGGAUACGUGAAUUUCCCCGAUAAGGUGCGGGGCGUUCUGAAUGAGGGAGGCCUGUUCGGCGAGCGCAAAGGCUGGCAUCUCCCCGGAUUCCCUACCUCUGACUGGGAUUCUCGGCCAAUCUCCUCUGGCCUUCCCAAUGGUGCUUCUGGAUUCGGUUUCUUCGUGACGACCUUCAAACUCGAUAUGCCAAGAGGUCUAGACAUUAUGAUGUCUUUUUUUUUCGGUGAAGCCCAAGGACAGCCAUACAGAGCUCUCUUGUUUGUCAAUGGAUGGAUGAUGGGCAAGCGAGUCGCCAACCUUGGACCGCAGUCGAAAUUUCCUGUGCACGAAGGCAUACUCAACUACCACGGGGAGAACACGGUUGCCGUGGCUUUAUGGGUGAUGACGCCUAACAAGACUGCGGCUCCGGACCUUCAGCUUGUACUUGAUGCAGUCUACGAUGGUGGUGUAGGAGACGUUGUGUCAGACAAUCCUCCGUGGUCUUCUCAAGGAAGAGGUUAA